AUGACACCGAUUACUAACAUCACCAGUGAAUUCACUCCCAGAGUCGAUGAAAAUGGCAAUCCCGUGGCUAAGCUGGAAAGACGUCCCAAGAGAAAGGUGGCAGUGAUGAUUGGUUACUGUGGUACUGGCUACAAUGGUAUGCAAAUUCAGAACGAUCCCAAUGUCAAGACCAUCGAAGGUGAGUUGUUUAACGCCUUUGUUGAAGCUGGGGCUGUUUCCAAGGACAACGCCGACGACAUUAAGAAGAACGCUUUCAUGCGGGCUGCUCGGACUGACAAGGGCGUCCACGCUGCGGGCAACGUCAUUCUGGCUAAACUCAUUGUGGAAGAUGAGGAUAUCAUUGAAAAGAUCAACCAAGCACUUCCUGAUCAGAUCCGCAUUUGGGGCAUUCAACGGGUUACCAAGCUGUUUGACUGCCGUAAGAUGUGCUCGCUGAGAAUUUACGAGUACUUAUUGCCUACUUACUCGUUGUUGCCGCCCAAGCCCCACUCAGCUUUGGCCGAUUUGAUUGAGGAAAAGCAAACGGAACACCCUGGUACUCUUUUGGUGGAUGAAGAAGGUUCCAAGUGGUGGGACGAAACUCGUCAAGAGGUCUUGGCUACUGGUGUUACCGAACAACAAUUGGAAGAGUUGUUAGCUAAGCAAAAAGCUGGAGAGUCGAUCAAGACUUACGAUUCCGAGGGUCAGAUCACCGAAGAAGGGCAGUUCAUCAGACUGAUAAAAAACGUCGAAAAUACUCGUCGUCGUGCUUAUCGCAUUCUGAAAGAAAGAUUGCAACGUUUCCGUGAAGCGAUGGAGCAAUACGUUGGCUCCAACAACUUCCAUAACUUCACAGUUGGCAAGUCGUUUAAGGACCCAGCUCUGAGGCGUUACAUCAUGGAGACUCUGGUGCUGGAACCCUUUGUGAUUGAGGGAACUGAAUGGGUGCUGGUGAAGCUUCAUGGUCAGCUGUUCAUGUUACAUCAAAUUCGUAAGAUGAUCGCCAUGGCCUGCCUCGUUGUGAGAACUGGGUGCCCUGUUGAGCGUAUCAAGCAAUUCUAUGGCCCUAACAAGAUCAACAUUCCUAAGGCCCCUGCUCUCGGGUUGUUGUUAGAGAAUCCUGUUUACACCACCUACAACAAAAUGUUGGAGAAGAACAAUCACAAGGCGAUCGACUUCACUGAGUUCUCCGAAAAGAUGGAUGCCUUCAAGAUGAAGUACAUCUACGACAAAAUCUACGCCGAAGAAGCUCGCGAUAAUGUAUUCUAUGGUUUCUUUGGCUUUAUUGACUCGUUCAAAGCCCAUGCUACUGAAGGGGUGCCUAGUAAUUUGAGAGAACUGGGUGAAGGUGAAAUCGGCCACGUCUUCGAGUUUUUGGGAAAGAUGUUUGACGAACCUAUUCAGGAAGAACAGUCAAAGAAAGAGACUGAUUCUAAGGAAGAACAGCCGAAGAAAGAGACUGAUUCUAAGGAAGAACAGCCGAAGAAAGAGACGGCUUCUGAGGAAGAGCAGCCGCAAGAGUAA